UGGAGAAAGUCAGCCUGGACGACAGCCAGCCUUUGACCCGGGAGAAGACGACGGCUGAGGGUUGGGCGACUUCCGAAAGAGCUUUGGCGCAAACCCGACAUUGACUGCGAAGUGCACGGGUAGCCCGAGGCGUAGGGUGCCACGGCGGACAGCAGCGCCAGCCGCAACAGCAACAACAGCAAUCGGGCGGAAGAGCGAGAAAGAGAGGGAGAGGGAACAGGGAUAGAGAAGGGUGUCGCUCUCUUGCUGCGUGCGCCUCUUGCACUAGGCUGGGGGAAACGGCAGGGGCUGAGAACCGCACCGCCUGGGACACCCCAGCCCAGAGCACUGCAGGUAGCCGUGGUGCAUCGCGGUGCAGUGCGAGGGCUGAACAGCGGCGUGACUGCGGACCUCGUCUGGGCUCGUACUAAGUGCUGCUGCUAAGGUCGACAAGAUCUCCUCGAGAUCUGGACCCAGUGGCUGCUUGGAGGGAGUCGUUUCCAGCAGGACGGGACGGACGGGCGCCUUGCUAGGUGUGCAGCAAAGUUCGGUUUCCGGUGUCCAGUUUCCGCCAUGGCCGCCCUGGAUCAGAUGGACUUUAUGCUGCAUCAGCCCGAAGUUGCGGCCGGGCAGGCAGCCACGAACAGUGCAGAUUUUCGUGGACUGCACCAGCAUCAGGGGUGUCCAUACCUCCAUGCCCAACAGCAGCAGCAGCAGCAGCAGCAGCAACAGCAACAACACCACGCAUCGACCCUUCCUCCUCCGCACUUCGAUCCGUACUUCCGACCGCCGCCACACCAGCUGCGGCACCAGCACCCGCACCGCCACCAGCUGCUGCCACCGGCGCUCUCACAGGUCUCCUCCCCCGCUCCUGCCUUGCAAGGCCAGGCCCUCCACCCCUCCUCCUCCUCCUCCUCCUCCGCCUCCUCCGCAACCGGAAGUCUCCCACAACCUCGGCUUCCGCAAUCUUCAUCCGAUUCCCAACACCAGCCUCAAUCUCAAUCUCAACCUCAACCCCAACCUGAACCUCAGUCUCACUCUCAACCACCGCCGCCACCUCAACUGCCUCCUCCCCACCAGCCAGCCCUGCCGCCUCCGCAAUCGCACCUGUAUUCGCAUCAAUCGCUCUACGACCCGGUGCACUCGUCCGGCGCGGUUUGGUUCCAGGGCCCGCGUCCGGGUGCUUCGUGGCAAUCGACAUCCAACAUCCCCGUCCCCAUUCCCCCCAGCCUGCAGUCGAGACCGCCAGGCACCGAUCCGCUUUUUGGCGGCAGCUCGAGCGGUGCUGGCGGUGCAGGCGGUCACCGCGGUGCUUCCCUGCUCCCGACCCACCAGAUCCUCCCCCACCUCGAUUCCUGGAACCCGCUGGCCUUCCAGCAGGCAUACCAUCACCGCCCUCCCAGCUAUCCGCCGCAGAUAUACCCUAUGUCCUCGCAGCAACCUCCGCUGUACGCCGCUUCGCAGCAGGGCCGGCCGGACGAGAGCCAGCUCGGCCGGCCCGGUCAACCAAAUCAGCAAGACCACUCAACCCCACCGAGUCACACCCCCAUGAGUGCCGAGCAAGGCAGCCGAGAUGCUUCUUCUCCCCCGCCGGUACGCGGCAUCGCUGCCAACCUCCCGUCUUUGAGUCAGAACUCGAGCCAGCCUCCCGCUGGGUUGCACUCCGUCCCACAAGCCAGACGGCACUCCCGAGAGUCGAGUCCCUCUGCUCCGGCGACUUCCGCUGCCUCUGCCAGCCGUCCGCCACCCUUUUCGUCGUCUUCCGGCCCGUCAUCAACACUUACUCCCGCCCUUCGGCUGCCAGCUCCCCCGGACGUCAAUCUGACCAGCUUCCUCCAAAACUAUCACAACGUAGCCUCCGACUCCGACCUCCCGGCAACUCCUCGACCGAUUCCCGGCGCCCCAUCCAGCGAUGGCCGGCACCGCCUCCAACUCGGCCGUUCAUCAGCCCGGCAGCCGAGCGAUGAUAGCGAUGCCGAGCUUAGCUCGUCCCCGGGUGAACCGGAGGAGUUUGUGCUGCGGCGAUACGACGGCCAGGUCACCCACAUUGAAGACCCCGUCCGCAUCGCCCAGAUCAUCCGGGGACAAAUGCCCUCUAAGCGAGUGGCGUCUAAGCAGGCGCUCACCCAGCUCCAGAGCGUGGAUCCGGCCAGUCUGCCCGAGAACGAGAGAACGUGCGUCAUUUGCUACAACGACUUUGGCCAGCCGAGUCCGGAGGGGGUCAUCGAGGCCCCUUUGCGUCUGCCCAAGUGCCAGCACGUGUUCGGCGACCACUGCAUCAAGAAGUGGUUUGAGGAGUCAGACAGCUGCCCUUACUGUCGUGACAAGGUCCCUUCGGAGCCCGCCUUUACCCCAAGUUUCCGGGCGCUCCACAACCUUUACCGCUCGCAACUCCGCACCCAGAGAAGCUCGUCGUCCUUGGUUACUGACGAAGCCUUCCUCCGCAUUAUCUCGCAGCAACAACGCGAUAUCCGUAUUAGGGCCAGGCAAGACGAGUUGGACCCCACCGCCGCCAGGCCCUUCGCUGCCGCCAGAGAACGGAGAUCGCCUCCUUCUUCCGACGUCGCGGAAAACCGAAGGAGAACCCGGGCCCGCCAUGGCAGUUUCCAUCCCGGCCAGCCGCUCAGCGGUCCGGUCAGCCGUGCUUCCACCUUUUCCUAUCCAGCGGGGGCGCCGACUGCCCCACAUCAGAGCCCCCCUCGUGAGCGUCCCAUGGCGCAUAAUAAUAACCAACCCCUUUUUCACCAGCCGGUGAACCCGGGGCGCCCCUCGCAUGAUGCCGCGCCGGCCGAGCAUCCGAUGGGGGAUCCAAGUAUGACCCCGACCGGGUUUGCACUAGGCUACGGAACGUCCCAUUCGAUCCUGCCAGUCACGACCAACCCACCCUACUAUUCCGGCAUGUCCCUCAACAACGCGGCUCCGGCUCCGGCUCAGGCUCCGGCUCCGGCUUCGGCUCCGCAGCUUCCGCCGCUUGUGGUGUCCGACACGCUGGGCUUCCAGGGUCCAUCAAACAGCGGAGGCGUCGUUUCGAAUAAUACGGGUGGCGCUGCGGGCCAGUCGCAGUAGCAUGGCGGACAUACCGAGCGAGGUUCUGACGUAACCAGACACCGAAGGCACGGUUGACCAGCAGCUGCCGGGCCUUAGCAUCUAACGACGCUGAUCCGAAGCGUCGUGGCACGGUUACCGAACGAUGACUCGAAUCUUCCCAGCAGCGGAAGCUCUACAGAACGGACACGACCUUCUCGU